AUCAUACUCUUUAAUUCACGCACUCCUCCUCUCCCAAGCUGCACCAUCUACUACCUUUUUUAUAUCCUUUUCCGCUGCUCGUCGCAUCUUAAUUUGACAGUGACGGUAUAGUGAAAGAAAAUGAAAAUCUCAAUAUCAGCGUGUGCCUGCAAGCAAGAGCUACCCCUAGUAAAUUUCCAAAAGGGAUUAACGAUGGAGGCGUUGUUUAAGCAAAGGAAGGAUAAGGUGGUAGUGAUAAUGGGGGCCACGGGAACCGGCAAGACGAAGUUGGCCAUAGACGUGGCAAAACACUUGUAUCCAGCGGAGAUAGUGAACUCAGAUAAAAUGCAAGUUUACAAAGGUCUUGACAUCACGACCAAUAAGGUGAGUGAAGAAGAGUGUGGUGGAGUCCCACAUCAUCUGCUUGGCACAAUUGAUCCUAAUUUAAAUUUCACAGCCAACGAGUUCUGUCGCUACGCUACUUUGGCCAUCGAUUCCAUUGUGGAAAGGGAUGGCUUACCCAUCAUUGCUGGCGGGUCCAACUCUUACAUAGACGCGUUGGUGAACCAUCACACGCAGUUUAGGCUAAGGUAUGAGUGUUGUUUCCUCUGGGUCGACGUGUCCCUCCCAGUGCUUCAUUCCUCCCUCCGCACACGUGUGGACCGCAUGAUCGAAGCUGGCCAAGUCGACGAGGUUCGUCAAUUCUUCCAACCUCACGCCGAUUACACCAAAGGGAUCCGAAGGGCCAUUGGGGUCCCCGAAUUCGACGAUUUUCUCAGAGCAGAGGCUUCUUCCGCCGAUGAGAAAACCAAAAAGAAGCUUCUAGAAGCUGCCAUUGCUAGGAUCAAGGUUAACAACUGCACGCUCGCCAAUCGCCAGCUUCAGAAGAUUCAUCGCUUGCACGGUUUGUGGAAACGGACCAUGCACCAUCUCGACGCCACCGAGGCGGUCCUCAAUAGCGGCUGUGAGGACACGUGGCACCAUCACGUCCUCGCCAGGAGUUUAGCAAUACUUCACAAGUUUCUUUACGAGGAAACGCAUGUUCCCGCCGGAAUUAUGUCAACCAAAGAUGUAAUCGCCGCUGUUUCUACGCCGCCGCCGCCGCCCAAGGUAGCAAUGGCUGCUACCCAUUAGAGGUAGGGCCGGAGAAUCUAUACACAAAGCGCGCAUGCUUCAACG